AUCCUUUUGAGUGCUUCUUCUCAAAAAAUCUAAAGUCUCACUCGCGGUUUAUCUUACAAUAAACAUUGCAUUUCGGAUUAUUUAGCACGCCCUUAACCGGAAUAAGUAAUUCGCACGAAUGAUAAAAUUAUGUCAUUGAUGGUUCAGAUUGCAGUCACUGCGUGCACACAGCAACCCCUUGUUGAAGCAUUCACCAAAUCUGUUCGUGUUCUUUUCUUUGUUGUCAGAAUUAUGUACAUAACACGCGAUCAAGCAAUUUGCAUGCUAUUUUAUGUCGAAUAUACUGAAGAAAACGUUUACAAAUACAAGAAAAGGCUUGAAGAAGUCGAAGGAUUUGAAGUUUGCUAUAACGUCGACCAAACGCAACCCAUUCUGGCACCCACGGCAAGGAUAUAUGGAGAUCCAAUCUCAUACCAUCGAUAUCCCCAAUGAUUAUCUGAUUAGAGUGUUCUAUCGAAAGGAGCCUACUAUCAAUAUUGAAAAGUUAAAUUUUGCAUUACAAUUAGCUGGAUGUUCAUUAUUACCAGAUAACCAAAUGGCUCAGUUCAAAUAAAUAGCUUUCGCUUGCAAUCG